GGAAUGUUUCAUUCAGUUGAGCCAACGUGAUCCAAGGCAAACGAGACCCGGUGCGUGUCUAACGAAUCGUUUACUUAUCGUUCAUCGCAUUUCCGUUCCGUAUCGGUUUUCUACUACGUAUGCACGCACAGUGGAACUAUCGAAUUUGUUAAUUAUUUCUUGAAACCAGUUGAAUUUUCUUCUCUCGAUGGUGUCGAAUUAUCGUUCCAUUCCUCGUCUCAUAGUAAUUGGAAAAUUUCUACAAUUACGAUAAACGUUGCCCGGGAUACUACAAUAAUACAAUACUACUACGAAGAUGAGAAAGUAAAAGUACUAAAAGUUGCAGCGAUGGGUGUGUGAGAAUGAAAAAGAAAACUUUGCCUCUAACAAUAAGUGAUAAUAAUUGUUAUUUUGAAAACAUAAACGUUUAAAAUACAAAUCUAUUUUCUAUCAAAUGGCAAACAAAAUAUAUCAUUCUUGCGUAACAUUUCUUCAUAAGUAUAUAUCGGUAUAGCAUGUUCAAGGAAUGUAUAGAAUGAUCCCUAUUAUAUACGCUUACGUUCGUAAAGUGGUAAUAAGCGGCGGUUAAAAGAGACAGAGAUCCUUUCUAUGAUGGAAAUAUUUGAUUUCUUAACAGUAAAACUACGCUACAGCUUGACCAUUCGUAUUUUUUCAAUUUGCUUGCUUUCUAUCUUUCCUUGAGAAAGAAUUCAGUUAGACAUAUCAAUUAUACAUAGAUAUUUUUUUAAGAUUACGUGAUCUUAAGCAGCGUCGAUUUCGAUGAUAUUUGAAUAUCUCGCCUAGUAUUUGCAUUGUAUCGCAAAUGCGUGAAUAUACAUUUACAUGUAUGCAGUGUAUUUCUGCCUAUAGUUGCGCGUAUGUGACAGCGUAUGCGUUUUCUGUCUGCCGCUCCGCUUCUUCGCUUUGCAAGCGAGGAUCGGCCGAGCAUAAAACCACCGUGCACAACGAUACAAUGUAUAUGCGAGAUUGCGAGGAAUGUCUGUUGCAACUUGUAAUUCGACCAAAAACGAAUAUCAAUGUAUCGGGUUUGGCUUUUGGUUAAACUAUGCAAUGCGGUCGUCGCGAGGCGGCCGGUAACGCUUGCGCGAAAUAAUGACCGAUUAUACGAAUAGUAGGCGAAUAAAUAAUUGAUAAAUAUUGUAAUAAACGAUAAACAAAUGAUAUUACUUUACGAAAAGAAUAAUUGUUCUGAUUUUACGGAUGUGUUUCGGGCGUCGUGAGGGUGCCAAAUCGAAGACCACUUAUGACAGAUAUUUCUUACAUUUUCGCAUACGCGCUUUCUGCUCCAAGUCUUUAAGCUCGCUCGACUUCCGUUUAUGGACGGAAGAUAAGCGGCCGGCAACCAAUAGCGACGCAUACGCAGCCAUAGAUGCACAACUAUAGGUAGAAAUACACUGUAGCGAUAUGUGCAGUUUUUAGAGAACAUCUCGCAAACUAAGCUCGAUCAAGAGAUCGACGGUUGUAUAUGUAUAGGAAAAAGUUGUUUGAAAUGUUAAACUUUACGACGCAUUUACAAGUCAUCGAAAUCGGACAGGUUGAAACAAUUCUACAAGCUUAUCGGCAGCAUCUGAAUCGAUUACGAAAGGAAAGUCGUAGAAUUAUUUAAGUACCAGAGUCAAGAUGGGUUUCACAUUUCACAGCCACGGUGAUCAAAAAACUUGCAACUUAUUGCACCAACGAAACAGAUAUAUUUUAAUCCGUAACAAAGUCUUACGAAACUGUGGAAACUCUAAGUUAGUCAAACAUAUCGGAGACUAAGGAAAAUUAGAAGGCAAAUAAGAAGCAACAAAGCGCAAAGUUAUUAAAUCACGUGAUCGAAUUAUUAAUUAGCGAAGUGACUGAUCGUGAGAAUCGUCAAAGAUCGAUAUUAAACAGUUUGAAUUUGUUUAAACCUGCUUCGGUAUGGCGCCGCCAGAAGGGGAAGAACACCGUUCAAUGUUAGGAUACAAUGCAGCCAAUUACGAUGCAAAGAUAAUACAGAUUGGCAAUGUUUGCGAAGACAUUGAAAAUAAUAAUACUCGCGAUAAAGAUAGCACUUUGGACGAAAAAUGUGACAUAAUAUAUUACUCGUCAAAUUCCAAAGGUAUAUUCGCACAGUGCUUGGUAUCUGGUGCGGUAUUAUUGCUACUAACCGGUGGAGGAAUGCCAAUUGGUUACAGUGCAAUUCUGUUACCGCAAUUGGCUGAAGAAAAUGGUACGAUGUACGCUGAUCGGCAACUUGGAUCCUGGAUAGCUUCGGUUCAUAGUCUAGCAACGCCUGUCGGAUCUUUGGUGUCCGGCCCAUUGUUGGAUGAGAUCGGCAGGCGUGGAUCUCUACAAUUUGCAGCAGUACCGCUGUUCGUUGGAUGGUUCGUCAUAGGUUUUGCUAAAAACAUUUCCUGCCUUUUGAUAGGAAGAGUUGUACUAGGUUUUGGUGUCGGCCUAAUGGGAGUACCAGCUCAGGUGUUACUGGGUGAAACGGCUGAUUCGACGCUUCGUGGAUUUCUGACGGGAAGUACGCUCACCUUUUAUUGCCUCGGUAUCGUCAUCAUUUACGCGUUAGGAGCUUGUUUUACGUGGAACAUCGUGGCUCUUUGCGGGGCCGUUCUUCCCAUAACAGCACUGAUCGCGUUAAUCCUGAUUCCGGAAAGUCCUGCUUGGCUCGUAAGACGCAGGAAACCUGACAAGGCGAGAAAAGCCUUGCUGUGGUUGAGAGGAGGUAACGUGCAACAGGUUGAUGCCGAAAUGAGAAUAUUGGAAGCUCGAAUGAAAACGGAUUUAGCACGGACGGCUACGACCACGACGUCACGGCUCGGACAAAUUUCUUCCGUCGUUUCUACGCUGCUCGAUCCUAGUGUUUUGAAACCACUAACGAUCAUCAAUAUCUUUAAUAUUCUUCAGUUAAUAAGUGGGACAUUUGUCAUCGUUUUCUAUGCAGUAAACCUCGUCGAAGAUAUCGGUGGUAACAGGAUAAAUAACUAUUUGGCAGCGGUAAUUACGGCCAUUACUAGAGUCUUGUUUAGUUCAAUAGCGAGUGUUUUAUUGUUGAAAAUAAAUAGGAGAUAUCUAGGAAUGUUUUCUGCCGUGGGCACGGCUUUCGCUUCCUUAGUCCUCGCAGGAUAUUUAUUGAUUCAGGAAGAAUCUUCUAUCGACGUUUACGUUGUUGGUAUUCUUCUGUUGGCCUACGUGGCAGUCAGCUCCAUGGGACUGAUGACAUUUCCAGGGUUAAUGGUUGCCGAGUUACUUCCUCAAAGGGCUCGAGGAAUCGGCGGUGGUUGCAAUUUCUUCUUUUUCAACUUAUUCAUCUUUAUAGUUACAAAAUCUUUCCCCGCGGUAAGAGACGCAGUAGGCAUUACUGGAAUUUUUGCAAUUUUUGGCAUUUCCGCCCUUUUGGAGGCAAUAUUCGUUUACGUUGCUUUACCGGAAACGAAAAAUCGCACGCUUCAAGAAAUCGAGGAUUACUUUCAGCAAGAUAACUUACUUUGGAUUACUCGUUCGAGAUAAAGGACAAGUGACGAGCCAUAAAGUCACGUGUGAAAGCCAUAAAGUGACGUCCUACAUAAAGAUUCGUACUUUAAAAUGUACAAGCGUAAGAUUUAUAUAGAAUAUGGGUAAUUAUAAUCGAAGAGUACGUCGAAGAGAACGCAAAAACUGAAUCGUUUCUCGCGAUUUCUGCGUAGAAUUAUUUCGGCAAUUAUUUAUUUGUUCAAACCGAUUCUCAAACAUUUAUCGAUACACGGACCCUUCUGCCUCUCCGAUGUUUCUUAAAGUAAUUACAAAAUAGUUUUCCGAAAGUUCGACAAAUUACAAGAAUAGAACAAAAAAUCAACGUUUAACUGCGCGUUUAACUUUACGCUUUAACUAACCGAAUAACUCGGCCAUACAGCUCGCUCCAAAGUUCCGGUCCAAAGUUCCGCAAGCGAAUCCUCGUUCUCGGAUAUUUAAUAUGGAAUAUCGCCGAGAACCGAUCGUCUUCUUCCUAUUCCGCCGCGGUUCCAGUUGUGACUCUGGCAUUCGACCAGUUGUGACUGUCGAAUACUCGUGUCUUUCCAUAUCGUGACUGCCACAUGGCCGCAAUAGCGUACAUCAAAAAUCUCCUCGAGCAACGAACAUGCUCGAUAGUUGAUCAACGAGUAUACACGAUCUCUUAUAUUUCCUAACAGCAUCCUACAAAGGAUUCAAAAAAUUUCCGACAAUUGGAACGUAUGUAGUAUGUAUUGGAAAGUUGUUUCCUCCUGAAACCUAUAUUUAUCGUAUUAUGAUAUUUAUGUAUAUACGUGUAAAUAAAUAUUCGCUUUAUUCAAUGAAAA